AGGUCUCUUUGGCCCCCGGCCCCUCCGCGGCGGCCCGCGCGGGGGCGGCCGAGAGCGCCGGCCGGAGCCAUGCUGCGGCACGACCCGAUCGUCCUGAGGUUUUCCGAGCUGCUGCCCUCGGAGCAAGAGGUCGGGCUGGCGAGAGAAUUGCUCGCGCGCCCCGAGCACAUCAUGCUCGCCCAGGACCUCGAGCGGAGCGUGGCGAUCGGGAGUGCGGAGGCGACGCUCUGGCGGUAUUGCUGGCAGUCGCGGCGGCAGGCGGGGCCAGGCGUGCGCGGAGGGCGCCCGGGAGGGGCUCGAGCGCACCGCGCGGGCGCGGAGCCGGCUGGGCUUGGACGCAGUCCUGAGGGCGCCGCUCUUCACGGAGGACUUCCGGGAUCUGGUCGGCGGAUUCUUCUCGGUGAUGCCUUUCAGCUGCCACGGGGUCGACAAGCUGGGGCAUCCCGUGUACAUCGUGAGAUCAGGGGCCAGGUCAGGGCAGAGGCCUUCGGGCGCCUGUGGUCCAUGGGCCAGGCAUUGCAGCAGCGAGAGCGCCUCGCGGUGAAUGCCACCGUGCUCUUCGCCCUGCGGAGCUUCGAGUACCUGACGAAAGUUGUGAUGGCGGACGAGACGUUGCGACAAGGCCGCGUUGUCGACCGAGUUCUGUUCGUCUCCGACUUCGGAGGGCUGCAGCUGAGCCAGCUGGACGCGUCGUUCCAUGAAUACUGCAAGAGCAUGGCGAAAGAGAUGAUCACGCUGUUCCCCGAGACACUGCACUGCACCAUCGUGGCAAACGUGCCCUGGAUCAUCGCGUGGAACGUGUGGCCGCUGCUCCGAAGGCUCCUGCACCCCGUGACGCAGGCCAAGCUGCUGUUCCUGCACUCGGCGGGCCUCAGGCAGAAGCUGCUGGAGCUGGUCGAGCCCGACCAGCUGCCGCCCUACCUGGGGGGGAGCUGCUGCUGCCGCGAGUGCGUCUCUGGACAGAUGCGCGGUGGCUCGAUGCGGGCGUGGGAGGAGGCCGAGGGCGCCGCCGGCGCCGCAGAGGCCGAGCGGGCGGCGGCGUCCUCGAGCGCCGGGGCGGCGCGGAGGCCCGGCGGGCCCCUGCGGGUGCUCACGGACUGCUGCUGCGGCGGCGCCGAGAAGAGCUGCAGCCCCGGGCGGCCCAGGCGAGAGAGGCGGCCCCUGCAGGGUGCGCUGCCCGGGCGCGCCCGCGGCGGCGGCGGCGAGGGCGCGGCCCGCGGGCCGCGCGGCAGCUGGGCGGCGGGAGGCCCAGGCUGUUGUCCCGACGGCCGAGCCGCAGCGGAGCGGCGACUGCUGGCCGCAGGGACCGUGCGCACGAGGAGAAGCCCCUCGUGCCCAUGGCCGGUCUCGUGCUGCUGUCGCUCUCCGCUGCCUUGGUGCUCCUCACGGCGCUGCAGACCUGGGGCGCACAAAGGCCGCGCAACCUGACGGGCGCUCGCUUCGACAUGCUGUUCUAGGGCCUGGCCGUCUUCCGAGAGGGCGUGCCCCGUCUCACGAGGGGUGGCGCGUGUUCUGACGUUCUAGACGUGCGACCUGCGAGGCGACCUGCAGC